UUUGGCUUGUGUUCCCUAUUUAACACUUGCCUUAUAUGCGAACAAGACUCAAUAUAAAAGGAGACCAAGAGGACACAGCAGUGUGUGGUGGUGGAGCCUUGAAGACCCCAGUUUGUGGACUGUGACAUUCAACUAAUAUUUAACGAAUAGACAGUCAGACCUAAACCACCACCAUGAGUACCGACGCAGAAAUGGCCUUAUAUGGCAAAGCUGCCAUCUACCUCCGUAAACCAGAGAAAGAGAGAAUUGAGGCUCAGAGCAAACCAUUCGAUGCCAAGUCAGCCUGCUAUGUGGCUGAUACCAAAGAACUGUACCUGAAGGGAACAAUCAUCAAGAAAGAAGGUGGCAAAGUCACCGUCAAAGUCCUGGACACUGAGGAGGAGAGGACGGUUAAAGAAGAUGACGUCACUCCGAUGAACCCUCCCAAGUUCGACAAAAUUGAGGACAUGGCCAUGAUGACCCAUCUCAAUGAAGCCUCCGUCCUGUAUAACCUCAAAGAGCGUUAUGCAGCUUGGAUGAUUUAUACCUACUCUGGGCUUUUUUGUGCAACUGUGAACCCCUACAAGUGGCUCCCAGUGUACGAUGCGGAAGUUGUGUCUGCUUAUAGAGGCAAGAAGCGUAUGGAGGCUCCACCCCACAUCUUCUCUGUCUCUGACAACGCAUAUCAAUUCAUGCUUACCGAUAGAGAGAACCAGUCUGUCUUGAUCACUGGAGAAUCUGGUGCCGGAAAGACUGUGAACACCAAGCGUGUCAUUCAGUACUUUGCCACAAUCUCAGUUGGCGGAGAUAAGAAAAAGGAUAGUGCCGGAUCAGCACAAUUUAAGGGCUCACUUGAGGAUCAGAUUAUUGCUGCCAAUCCUCUUCUGGAAGCCUAUGGUAAUGCCAAAACUGUGAGGAAUGACAACUCUUCUCGUUUUGGUAAAUUCAUUAGGAUCCAUUUUGGCACAACUGGCAAACUGGCCAGUGCUGAUAUUGAGACUUAUCUGCUGGAGAAGUCCAGAGUGUCAUUCCAGCUUCCUGAUGAGAGAGGCUACCACAUCUUCUACCAGAUGAUGACCAACCACAAACCAGAACUGAUUGAACUGGCACUUAUCACAACCAACCCCUACGACUUCCCCAUGUGUAGUAUGGGGCAGAUCACUGUGGCCAGUAUUGAUGACAAAGAAGAGCUAGAAGCCACCGAUAAUGCCAUUGAUAUCUUGGGCUUCAGCCAUGAGGAGAAGUUGAGCAUCUACAAAAUGACUGGUGCCGUCCUCCAUCAUGGUAACCUGAAGUUCAAGCAGAAGCAGCGUGAAGAGCAGGCUGAGCCUGAUGGCACAGAGGAGGCUGACAAAGUUGCCUACUUGUUGGGUCUGAACUCUGCUGACAUGCUGAAGGCUUUGUGCUACCCCAGAGUGAAAGUCGGAAAUGAGUAUGUCACCAAGGGACAGACUGUACCUCAGGUCAAUAACUCAGUGACAGCCCUUGCCAAGUCCAUCUAUGAGAGGAUGUUCUUGUGGAUGGUCAUCCGUAUCAACCAGAUGUUGGACACUAAACAGUCAAGGCAGCACUUCAUUGGUGUGCUGGAUAUUGCUGGUUUUGAAAUCUUUGAUUACAAUAGCAUGGAGCAGCUGUGUAUUAACUUCACUAAUGAGAAGUUGCAACAGUUCUUCAACCACCACAUGUUUGUCCUGGAGCAAGAGGAGUACAAGAAGGAGGGCAUUAUCUGGGAGUUCAUUGACUUUGGCAUGGACCUGGCUGCCUGCAUUGAGCUGAUUGAAAAGCCCAUGGGUAUCUUCUCCAUCCUUGAAGAGGAGUGCAUGUUCCCCAAGGCCACUGAUACAUCCUUCAAGAACAAGCUCUACGACCAGCAUCUUGGCAAAAACAGAGCCUUUGAAAAGCCAAAACCCACAAAGGGCAAGGCUGAGGCCCAUUUCUCCCUGGUGCACUAUGCUGGCACAGUGGACUACAACAUCACUGGCUGGCUGGACAAGAACAAGGACCCACUGAAUGAUUCUGUUGUGCAACUGUACCAAAAAUCUCCAGUUAAACUUCUGGCUUUCCUGUAUCCUCCUGCUCCUGCUGAGGAAGCUGGAGGCAAGAAGGGAGGCAAGAAGAAGGGGGGCUCUAUGCAGACUGUGUCCUCACAGUUUAGGGAAAACUUGGGCAAGCUAAUGACCAACUUGAGAAGCACUCAUCCUCACUUUGUGCGCUGUCUGAUUCCUAAUGAGUCGAAGACACCAGGUCUGAUGGAAAACUUCCUGGUCAUCCACCAGCUCAGGUGUAACGGUGUGCUGGAGGGUAUCAGAAUCUGCAGGAAAGGUUUCCCCAGCAGAAUCCUCUAUGGUGACUUUAAGCAGAGGUACAAGGUACUGAAUGCCAGUGUCAUCCCUGAGGGACAGUUCAUUGACAACAAGAAGGCUGCAGAGAAGCUGCUUGGUUCAAUUGAUAUUGACCAUGACCAGUACAGAUUUGGUCACACCAAGGUGUUUUUCAAAGCAGGUCUUCUGGGUACCCUUGAGGAACUGAGAGAUGAGAAGCUGGCAGCUCUGGUCACAAUGACUCAGGCCCUCUGCCGUGGUUACCUCAUGAGAAAGGAGUUUGUGAAGAUGAUGGAAAGGAGGCAUGCCAUCUUUACCAUCCAGUACAACGUGCGCUCAUUCAUGAAUGUCAAACAUUGGCCAUGGAUGAAGGUGUACUACAAGAUUAAACCUCUGCUAAAGAGUGCUGAAACUGAAAAAGAGCUAGCCCAGAUGAAGGAAAAUUAUGAGAAGAUGACCACUGACUUGGCUGCUGCUCUUGCAAAGAAAAAAGAAAUUGAAGAGAAGAUGGUGUCUCUUCUGCAGGAGAAGAAUGAUCUGCAACUGCAAGUGGCAUCUGAGUCUGAGAAUCUGUCAGAUGCUGAAGAGCGAUGCGAGGGUCUAAUCAAGAGUAAAAUUCAGCUGGAAGCCAAACUCAAAGAGACAACUGAGAGGCUGGAAGACGAGGAGGAAAUUAAUGCUGAGCUUACUGCAAAGAAGAGAAAACUAGAAGAUGAAUGCUCUGAGCUCAAGAAAGAUAUUGAUGACCUAGAGCUUACCUUGGCCAAAGUGGAGAAGGAGAAACAUGCCACUGAGAACAAGGUGAAGAACCUGACUGAAGAGAUGGCUUCUCAAGAUGAGAGCAUUGCUAAACUGACCAAGGAGAAGAAAGCCCUUCAAGAAGCCCACCAGCAGACUCUUGAUGACCUGCAGGCUGAAGAAGAUAAGGUCAACACUUUGACCAAGGCCAAGACCAAGCUGGAGCAGCAAGUGGAUGAUCUUGAAGGAUCUCUGGAACAAGAAAAGAAGCUGCGUAUGGACCUGGAGAGAGCCAAAAGAAAGCUUGAGGGUGACCUGAAACUGGCACAGGAAUCCAUCAUGGACCUUGAGAAUGACAAACAGCAGUCUGAGGAGAAAAUUAAGAAGAAGGACUUUGAAAUUAGUCAGCUUUUGAGCAAGAUCGAAGAUGAGCAGUCAAUGGGUGCUCAGCUUCAGAAGAAGAUCAAGGAACUUCAGGCCCGCAUUGAGGAACUGGAGGAGGAGAUUGAGGCUGAGCGUGCUGCUCGUGCCAAAGUUGAGAAGCAGAGAGCUGAUCUCUCCAGGGAACUUGAGGAGAUCAGUGAAAGGCUGGAGGAGGCUGGAGGUGCCACUGCUGCUCAAAUUGAGAUGAACAAAAAACGCGAGGCUGAGUUCCAAAAGCUGCGCCGUGACCUUGAGGAGUCCACCUUGCAGCAUGAGGCCACUGCUGCCGCUCUGCGAAAGAAACAGGCUGACAGUGUUGCUGAGCUGGGUGAGCAGAUUGACAACCUCCAGCGUGUCAAGCAGAAGCUUGAGAAGGAAAAGAGUGAAUACAAAAUGGAGAUUGAUGAUCUCUCCAGCAACAUGGAGGCCGUUGCUAAAGCAAAGGGAAAUCUUGAAAAAAUGUGCCGCACUCUUGAGGACCAACUUAGUGAAAUAAAGACCAAGAAUGAUGAGAAUCUCCGCCAGAACAAUGACCUGAAUGCACAGAAAGCUCGUCUCUUGACAGAAAACGGUGAGUUUGGCCGUCAAAUUGAAGAGAAGGAAGCUCUGGUCUCACAGCUGACCAGAGGAAAACAGGCUUACACCCAGCAGAUAGAAGAACUGAAGAGGCAGAUUGAAGAGGAGGUCAAGGCAAAGAACGCUCUUGCCCAUGGACUACAAUCAGCACGCCAUGACUGUGAUCUGCUGAGGGAGCAGUUUGAGGAGGAGCAGGAGGCGAAGGCUGAGCUGCAGCGUGGCAUGUCCAAGGCCAACAGUGAGGUGGCUCAGUGGAGAACUAAAUAUGAAACUGAUGCCAUCCAGCGAACUGAGGAGCUUGAGGAGGCUAAGAAAAAGUUGGCACAGCGCCUUCAGGAGGCUGAGGAACAGAUUGAGGCUGUGAACUCAAAGUGUGCUUCUCUGGAGAAAACGAAACAGAGGCUCCAGAGUGAGGUGGAAGACCUCAUGAUUGAUGUGGAGAGAGCUAAUGGGCUUGCUGCCAACCUUGACAAAAAGCAGAGGAACUUUGAUAAGGUGUUGGCAGAGUGGAAGCAAAAGUUUGAGGAGGGACAAGCAGAGCUCGAGGGAGCUCAGAAAGAGGCUCGUUCUCUUGGCACUGAGCUGUUCAAGAUGAAGAACUCUUAUGAGGAAGCUCUGGAUCACCUGGAGACCAUGAAGCGUGAAAACAAGAACCUGCAGCAGGAGAUUUCCGAUCUGACCGAACAGAUUGGUGAGACUGGGAAGAGUAUUCAUGAGCUGGAGAAAGCCAAGAAACAAGUGGAGACAGAGAAGUCCGAGAUUCAGACAGCUCUUGAAGAGGCUGAGGGAACUCUGGAACAUGAAGAGUCUAAGAUCCUGCGUGUCCAGUUGGAACUCAACCAGAUUAAAGGAGAAGUGGACAGGAAGCUGGCUGAGAAAGAAGAGGAAAUGGAGCAGAUUAAGAGGAACAGUCAAAGGGUGAUUGAGUCCAUGCAGAGCACUCUGGAUUCUGAGGUCAGGAGCAGAAAUGAUGCCCUGAGAAUCAAGAAGAAGAUGGAAGGAGACCUGAAUGAGAUGGAGAUUCAGCUGAGCCACGCCAAUCGUCAGGCUGCUGAGUCUCAGAAGCAGCUGAGGAUCGUACAGGCACAGUUGAAGGAUGCACAGCUGCACCUUGAUGAUGCCGUCAGAGCCCAGGAUGAUCUAAAAGAACAGGCCUCUAUGGUGGACCGCAGGAAUGGCCUCAUGAUGGCUGAAAUUGAGGAACUUAGGGCUGCUCUGGAACAAACAGAAAGAGGUCGUAAAGUUGCUGAGCAGGAGCUGGUGGAUGCAUCUGAGCGUGUUGGACUCCUGCACUCUCAGAACACAAGCCUGCUGAACACUAAGAAGAAGCUUGAGUCUGAUCUGGUCCAGAUUCAAAGUGAAGUGGAUGACACAGUUCAGGAAGCAAGAAAUGCAGAAGAGAAAGCUAAGAAGGCCAUUACUGAUGCCGCAAUGAUGGCUGAGGAGCUGAAAAAGGAACAGGACACCAGCGCUCAUCUGGAGAGAAUGAAGAAGAAUCUGGAGGUUGCGGUCAAAGACCUGCAGCACCGUCUGGAUGAGGCUGAGAAUCUGGCCAUGAAGGGUGGCAAGAAGCAGCUCCAGAAACUUGAGUCCAGAGUGCGUGAGCUUGAGGUAGAGGUUGAGGCGGAGCAGAGACGUGGUGCUGAUGCUGUUAAGGGUGUCCGCAAAUAUGAGAGGCGGGUGAAGGAGCUCACUUACCAGACUGAAGAGGACAAGAAGAAUGUCAGCAGGCUGCAGGAUCUGGUUGAUAAGUUGCAGCUGAAGGUGAAAGCCUACAAGAGGCAGGCUGAGGAAGCGGAGGAGCAGGCCAAUGCUCACUUGUCUAAGUGCAGGAAAAUCCAGCAUGAGCUUGAGGAGGCUGAGGAACGUGCUGACAUUGCAGAGUCUCAGGUCAACAAAUUGAGAGCCAAAAGCCGCGACUCUGGCAAGGGGAAAGAUUCGGCUGAAUAAAGUAUACAAUGAUUGAUGGGAUGUUUCAACUCAUAUAAUAUGAUUGGAAAUGCACCAAAAUAAAUGUCUGUAAUUAAAAUAUCUUUGAUAGUUA